CACACUUCCUUUAUUUUUCAGGUGAGUUGUGCGAGAAAAUGAAAUCGGGCAAUCAGGAACUCGAUUCGGCACAACCUGUCGCUUCACAACCGUUUUAUGCGCGUCCAGAACGAAGGAACCGGCAAAUCCUCCUGGUGGAUGAUCAACCCAGAUGCCAAGCCCGGGAAAAGCGUCCGCAGAAGGGCCGCGUCCAUGGAGACGAGCAAAUUCGAGAAGAAAAGAGGCAGGGCGAAGAAGAAAGUCGAGAUGAUCAGGAAUGGAUGUCUGCCGGACACCACCCCCAGCCCUAGUUCGUCGGUCUCGGAGAGCCUCGAUUUGUUCCCUGAUUCGCCGCUGCACAGUGGCGGGUUCCAGCUGAGUCCGGACUUUCGUCCACGAGCCUCCUCGAACACGUCGUCCUGCGGGAGACUGUCCCCCAUCCCCGCUGUGGGGGUGGAACCGGACUGGAGCGCCCCCUCGCAGUACAGUUCCAGCUACAGUCCCGAAAUGGGCGGCGGGAACUAUUCCCCGGAUCAGCUGGCCGGAAACCUCGAACAGGGCAUGAAGUUGCAGUCGGAUUACAUGUUUAUGAAUGGCCAGGGUCCCCAGCAGCAGCCGCCUCCUCCCUACACUGCUCCCUACGAACAGUUCCCCGGUUGCAGGGAUCUGAACGCACUCCACGCCACCACACCGUACGGAUUAUGUUCCAUUCAUCGGAUGCAAUCGUGCAACUGCUUGCAGCCGAUCAAAGUCGAGAACAUGUCUCCGGUGGCGGGCAUGUCCCCAUCGUACCCCCAUUCCGAGCCGUCGCCCGGCGUCGACCACCAUCACCAGUACACGACCGGUUCGAACGGCAACGGCGUAGCACCGGGUGCCUCCUCGGCAGCCCCCGGGGGCCGACUGCCCCGCGCCCCCUCCAACAGUCCGCCCUUAGACCCGCACUCUCCGCAGGUGUCGACGACGCCGGCGCCGAGCCAAACGGCAGCGCCGUCUACGAUGAUGGGGCAGCUGAUGGGCGCGCUCAACAACCACGCGAUCAUGGACGAUCUCAACAUCAACGUUGAGUCGCUGCCGGGCGGUUUCGAGUGCAACGUGGAGGAGCUGAUCCGGCACGAACUGACGAUGGAAGGCGGUCUGGACUUCAAUUUCAGCAACAGCCAGCAGCAAGCUGCAGCUGCGGCGGCCGCGGCAGCAGCGGCGGUAGCCGCGGGAGGGGGCCCCCAAUCGGGGGAAGGAGGCCAACCACCCGGAGGACCCCCACCGCCGCCCUCGUACCAACAGGCAACAGUCGUUACGACACCCUCUUGGGUACACUAGCAGUGAUACAACCCUCCCCCACCCCAUGGUUUAUAGAUAGAUUAUGAAAUGUAUGUAUAUUCAGGAUGAAAGUAACCUCCAGCAGAGACGAAACCAAAUCACCACGGCUGACUGGACUUACGUUGCUGCGUCUUUUUAUAUUUUUCGUCAAUUGCAAGCCGGUUAUUUCGUUGACAGUGAAUUAAUAAUUAUUAUUGUUAUAAUAUAUAAUGAUCUCGUGUUAUGCUCAUUAAUACAAUUCUUGUUUGUACAGAAGAUGAAGAAGAAAUACCCCCUUAUCGUAUACACUAUUAUUAUGCUUUUUAUGUGACUCUAUCAUUCAUAAUAUGUAAUACACACAACAAAGAUUGUUUUGUAUGACGGGUGCAAUACGACGAUUUCGAACGUCAUUUUCACUGAAAAACCUACAAUAAUAUUCGCAAAUAAACAAGAAAGUGGUUGGUUGAAUUUUUAAGAUAAAAAAACGUAACCAUUAAAAAUGAACAUUUGGAAAUGUAUAUCUGUCGUUGAUUAUUUUGAGCUAAAUGUUUUGAAACAUAAUAAAUUUAUACUUAUGAUUAUAGAACACUGGUAAGAAGCCUCAAAAAAAGAUAUCAUAAAACGUUCCAAUACGGAGCCAGCAGCUAACUUAUAUUGCUUCAGCUUUUUGAAAAGCACCGUACACCUGAUCUUAAAUUAGACCAAUCGGAAUCAUCGCAUUGCAGCUGCACAACUCGAACUGGUGCCAUUUAUCUACAGAUUUAAUUUGGCGAUUGCCAAUUGUUGUUAACUAAGGUGAUGUUAAGCGAGCGUUCUGGACGAGAAGAAGCGGUAUCCGAAAUUGGCAGCUCAAUACUUCGCGUUCGAUCGAGAACAUUUUCGAUGAUAAAUCGUGGAUUUCAUAUAUGUUACAAAUUAUGUUUCGCUAAUUUGUAGCGUUGUUAAUUUUAAGGGCAGGAGGCGUUGAUGAUUGCAUUCAUAUGAUGAUGUCAAGGAAUACCGUGGACGUUGUGUAUAUAUCUACAUAUAUAGCGUUUAGUUGACCUCCGUGCAAAGUCAGCCUGUCAAAUAUUUUUUCUGCUAACAUGCAAAUGUUUGAAAAUACAUGAAUAUAAUAUUUACGUAUCAUCUGUCACCUAUUACAUUUUUGAGCAAGAUUACCAUUAACUCUGAUGAAGUAGAUGAUUCUGGGACAGUCCCGGUUGAUUGCAACGCUAUCAAAGACUUUUACGAUUCGUCACAAAAUGCUACUUUUGCAGUCCGACUUUGGACGGCGGUUUAGUUAUUAGGUGCUUCGCGUACCUUUUUUGUUGAGUUAUUUUUAAUUUUUAUAAAUAAAUCAUUUAUUCUCGUCAUGCGGUACUGGUCAUAGUCUUUGUUUUUUUUUUGUCGCAGCCCCGACGCGGGGCACAACCAUCAUCAUUUUAGAAAUAUUUUUUUACUGUAAUAUAUUUGUAAAGUGUUUUGACGUAUUGUUAGAUGUUGAAAUAGUGACGACGACGCGCCGCCAGCGCCCUCUACGACAAACGUAGAUUAAUUAAAUUAAUUUUUAAACUAAUAGGAGGCGCUAGCGGUAGACUCGAAAACUUUUAUUUCGUUAAGUUACUUACGAUGAGCUGGCUCAAAAAAUAUUUGUUUUUUAGCUUACGAAUAUUGUAUUUGAUGUGGAAAAUAAAUUAUUCGCUAUCGUAUCUGUACGAAGAAUCCUUGUUCCGAAAAUAUUCGUCUUAUAGUAAUUUUAUUUUGAUUCUACUAUUAUACAGCGACACCGAUAGUUUGAUUUAAAAAUUUACAUUUAAAAUCUGAUGUUCCUUUAAAAUAGAAUAGUUAUUGGCUAUGGAAGGUGUGAAUGGAUGUUUCUUGAACCAGCUUAUAUACUGAUGUGUAUAAAAUAAACCAGAGGCAAAGUUGUAGAUGUUUUUCUGUUUGUAAAGGGUUGGUCUUAACGACUUGGUCUCCAGGUGACACGAUUUCCGCAAUCCAAAUAUAACUUUAAACAACUUGGCUCGUUUUGAAUCAGCUUGCAAAUGUAUUGGUUUAUGCGUGUUACACUUUGAACUGACUUGAAACUUGUUAAUUUAUAAUCAUCUUAAGUGUUAGCCCAACAAGUGUUCAUAUUUAUAAAUAACAAGUUUUAAUAUCGCCGUUUCAUCUUGGACGUCGUGUCAAAUAUACCAAGUUCAUCAAUGAACAAAACCAUUGUUCGUUUUUUAGUUUGUGAAAUUUUAUUUAUUUAGAUUUUAAUUUCUAGACAAUAUGACGCGUUGGAAUAUAGUCAAUUAUAUAGAUUUCCAGAAAAAAAAAUGAAGCUAUGUCAAUUCUUUACAUCCGCUGUAAUGUAUGAGUGUAUUUCAAGCAACACAUUUGUUUACUUUUUUUAAAUGUAUAGGUAACUUGUCGGAAUUUUGCUUAUGAUGAACUCAAAACGCAGUGUCGAAAAGUUUUGCUCAUUCUUACCACGUGCAUGUGUUCGUUAUAUUUUACACUUAAUAGAUUUAAACGUGAGGGUGUUGGUAAACUUCCUUGCACUGCGUUGCCCAGUCUUCAAAAAAAAAAUAGUUUUAAAUUGGUUCUACCACUCGUACUUGCUUUGUAUUUGCAUUGUAAAAAUAAUAUUGUGAAUCAUGUUUCUUUCCAUUUUCGCCUGUAUAUUCCGAAGCAAACCUUGAUGUUUUCGAUACAAAUGUGUUGUUAGCAUUUAAAAAAAAAACAAAUUGAUAACCGUUUUGGUCAUAAAAUGCCUGAUAUUAAAAAGAAACAGCUAAUAUUCCAGAAUAAAUGAACAUUGAAAAAGAUGUAUAUAUGAAUGUUAGGUAUUUUAUGAAAUAAACGUUUGUUUUUUCAAUUUGACCACGCCAUUUUUUCACUUGACAGUACUUAUCUCUACACACAAACGAUGGAUUCAUACACGCACCAAAAACAUGCAACGAGUGUACUUUUUACAGUGAUAGUCGCUAAUUCAGGUGCCUCGAUUUUCUUUAAAUUCGUUAAUAUAUUAUAAAUACUAAUUUUAAGAAAAUUAUUAUAUGAAUAUAAUAUAAAUUCACAUAUUGCUGUUUCACAAAAAUAAAUGAAAAAUUUAUA